AUGUGGGACUUCUAUACCGGGAAGAACUUGUUCAUCACUGGAGGAUCGGGAUUCCUGGGGACAGCUUUGAUCUACCGUCUUGUUACCCAAGCCCCUGCCGCCCAUCUCUAUAUCCUCUGUCGAGGUGGUCUCCCGUAUGUAGACUUUGUGUCCACUACCUUGGUGCCUCCGUCACAGAGAUUGAUCAUGAGACAACAGGAGGCUAAUAAAAACAUGGAGCGAGGUCCUCCCACAACAUCAAGUGGAGCAAAUGACCGAUCCAAAGUGCUGGAUGGAGACAUGUUACAGCCAGACUUUGGGUUGACCUCCAACAAUUUGGACAUCAUUCGUCGGCAGGUUCAUGUGAUCAUACAUUCGGCAUCCUCAAUCGCACUUUUAAGCUCGCUGGCCAAACUGGUUUCACCUGUGAUCGAGGUCUCAGAGCGUCUGGCUCAUUUUGCAUUGGAGUGUAAAAACCUUGAGUGUUUCGUCUACGUCUCUACAGCUUAUGCUAAUGGUCACUUGUUCUCUCAAACCGACAUGACCUCGGAAAUUGAGGUUCAGGAGGCUAUAUUUCCACUGAGUCAUUCAACAGUCUCCAGUGACAAAGAUGACAGCCUACAGCAGGAGUGGUAUCAAGUACGAAAGACUGGUUCCUCUACUGCCUUCGAAUCUCAUGAUUUUCCUUGGGCAUAUGCAUACGCAAAGCAUCUUACGGAGCGGCUAAUUACGCGUUUAUUCGAUUCUUCCGACAAGCGUCUACUGGUCAUAAGACCAUCUAUCAUUGAUCCAGCCCAAUGCUUUCCAUACAGAAAUUAUUGCCGCCCUAUGUCAAGCCCCCACGUUAUCGCCUCCGGGGCAUUCUGCUUGGUACUUUCGCGCACAGUGUGUUUCUCAUCGCAAUUUCGAAAUCCAGAUCAAGAGUCAACCUUGGAUCAAGUUCCAGUGGAUGUGGUAGUUGACCGACUCCUAGUACACCUGGCUAGUGGUACCUCUGGGCCGGUUCACACAGUCGCCGGAGCCGCGCGAAUGCCAUUUCUGCACAGCUGGAAUUCUUCUUUCAAAUAUCGUCGGAUUCCCUGGUCUCUUCGACUGAAAUGGGUUUCUGACUCUCGGGAAUCAAAGAAAAUCCACGAAAUUGGUAAAUUAUACCGUGUGAUCGGUAUGAGUUUCAACUUUGUCGAAGAUAAGUCUACAGCUAUUUGGAAUCAACUUCCAAGAUCAGAACGCUCAAAGUUACACUUGUUUGCCGAUAAAGACAUGUUAUUCUAUGGUCACAAGCAUAUUCGAAGAGAGCAUGUUUGGACCUGCAUAGUCCAUUUGACGAAACGGCGGAAAGUGACUCGAUGGUUAGCAAAAUUGCUAUAUCAAUCCCUGCAAUCCGCGGAGUCACCUGAAGGGAGCGAGUCAAUUUGUCCUUGUGUGUCCCAAGGCUCAAAGGGGCAAUGUUGA